AUCCGGAUGAUAAAAUCCAGCCCCGGAUAUAUGUUCACACUCCCCCCAAUUCAGUGCCUCCCUCUACACCACCUUCGUGCCCCAGGUGAGCUGAAGCCACACAACACUGAGCUGGAACCGAGCGCUGUCUAUGAUUUACAACCGGGGAUUUUCCACUCGCUGCUUCCGGAAUCUCCAGCUUUUAGAUUCCUGACCUCAGAAAGAAACCGGACAAACUAUUGAUCUCCCGCAGCUUUUCCAAAAAUCCUCGAGCCCAUUUUCACUUUUCGAAUGUAAUGCCACACAUUAAAGCCGACAGUAUGGCAGUGCCAGUGAGAGCACCGAGCACACUCCACACUCACACCGUUCGGCAGCACAGGCGCUCGCUCCCGGAUCACAAGCGGCUCCGAUUCGACUUUCCGAGUUUAAAUCCGCUCACAAGAACCGUUUUCGCCGCGGAACCACGAAGCCGCCGGUUUCUCAUCUUUCACAUCGGUGUUUCACUCUGGGUCGCUUGAUCAUGGCUUUGGCGAGUAUCUGGAGAUUUUGGAUGAUGUUGCUCUUCUUGUCCGGAACCCUCAGUCUGGGAUGUGAGAGGCUGCAGUUACAGCAAGUUCUCAACACAGAGACUCUCAGCAAACUGAAUGCAAUGGGCGGACCCUUUCCCCGACAUUGUAUAAGACAGAGACUCUCACUGAAAACCAAACCCUUGAACCUGGUGAAACUCUCGAAGGAAUUAGAGACACAGGACAGGAUCCAGAUUGUCCAUCAAACCCUGCGUCACAUCAGCAAGAUCUACAGCAUGAACCUAGGUUCAGCCACAUGGGCCCGGGAUCAGGUGGAAAACCUCCAACUUCUCCUGGAUCGGCAGCUCGGUGAGCUGGAAGAAUGUGUCAGGAAACCAGGAUCAGAGCACAAGAUGAGGAGAAACUCUGCCAUUCACAAUUACUUUAGGAAACUGGAAAAGUUUCUCAAACAGGAGAAAUUCAGUGAAUGUGCCUGGGAAAUAGUCCGCACUCAGACCAGGGCCCGUUUACAACAGCUUCUUUUCAUCAUAGCACAAAUCAGCAGAAGAAACUGAGAAAGACAUGUUUAGCACAGACUGGGAGCAAUGAAUAUUUAUUUAAAAAACUUUUAACAUAAAGAUGUUCAUAUAUAUAUUUGUAACAAAUUUUAUAUUUUAAUGUACUGAUGACAGAACAAUGAGUGACAUGAUGGGAUUAUUUAUUUUAUUUAUUUAUUUAUUGAUAUUUAUUGCUAUGACAGUUUCCUCGAAUUUAAUUCUAACACUUCAGUGGGUGGAUGUCUGCACUAGAAUUUACUGUCAGACUUUCAAGAUAUGAAUUUGCAGACCUAGAAACCCUGGGCCGCACUGACCUUUCCAUUUCUCCUCUCCCAAGUGGCCAACUUUCCAA